AUGCAGCCUCCGAAUUGCCCGUACAAUGCAUGCUAUCAGUCAGACGUGCCGGCAGAUGCACAAUCACUUAUUCCAGUCGCCACCGACUUCACAAACAUCGCACAAGAGGCUCUCCAAAAGAACCUGCAGAAGUUGCAGAAGAAUUUGGACGAUGCCAAGGCGCAUGGUGAAAAGAUGUCCGAGAAGUUGAAAGCCGCGGAGGAGUUGUCGUCAACAGCACAAGCCGAGGCGCGACAAUCGGCAAAGCAGCUAAAAAAGAGUCAAGACGAUUGUCAAAAGCUGACUGCAAAGCUUGAGAAAGAGUCGGCGAAGGUGGCCGAGCUGAAGCAGAAUGUAGACCAAGUCAUCAAAGAUGCAACAGAGCGAGAUGAGGCUCGCAUGCGCGAAAUCAAGCAGCUGCGUGACAAGUCCGAGAACGAGUUAAAACACUUGAAAGAGAAGUCAGACAACUCUUCCAAGGAUGCCGAGACAUUGCGUCAGCGUCAGCUGGAAGAGGCCUCUAUGGAGCUGAAGGAGCUCCAUAGCGAGUCUGCCCAGCAGAAAGAGAUGCUUUCGGAGCUGGUGCGGGAAAGCUCUGCUGAAGCAGCGAAGCUGAGGGAGCACCUCGGCGCUGUGGAAGUUGCAGCCGAAGCAGAGCGUGUCAAUGCUGAGCAGCAGCAGUCAGAGUUGGAGGGCAGCAUCAGCCGCAGCCGCCAAGAGCUGCGCGCAGCCAACGAGCGCAGCCGCAGAGCAGAUCGUGAACUGGAGCAAGCCCGUGCCGAGUGCCAGGAGUUGCUCAGCAGUGCCACCCAGCGGGACGACCGCGUGGAGGUGGCCCAAGCUCUAUUGGAGGGCCGAGUUCGAAGUUUGCAGGAGCAGGUGGAGGUGCUGAGGGCCGAGUCGGAGGAGGCCAGGGCGUCGGAGACCAUGAAGCAACAGGCAGCCCAGACAGCGGAGGCCCAGUAUGCGGAUCUUCACAGCAGUAGUCAGACGAAGGAGCAGGAAUGGCGGGAAGAACGGUCCAUCUUGGAACAGCGAGUGCAGUCGUUGCAGGAUGAACUGCAGCAGUGCCGUCGCGGAAGCUUUGACAAUGAGGUCGAGCAUCAAGAUGCGCUGCUUGCGGCCCAGCGCAAAGCCGAAGAGGCUUCAGAGGAGGCGGCGGAAGCUGGCAAGCUGGUCCAAAUGCUGCAACUGGAGGCCUCCGAGGCGCGCUCUCGAUUGGAGGCUUCCGAGGCUCAAGACUUCUCGCGAUCGUCCGAGCUGGCCGAGCUCAAAGAGGCUCGCCAACAGCUGUCUGAGCAGGUAGCAGACGCAACGGCAAGCUGUGAAAGUCACAAGCAGCUGAUCCGGGCGCUGCAGCAGAGUAUGGCAGAGCAAAGUCAACAGGCAGAAGCAGAGUUGGCCGAGCUUCGCAGGUUGGCAGACGCAACGCCGACGAUCCAGCGUGCCCUGUCGUCCUCGACGCCGCAACGAAAAAGCUCAGCUGGCGAAUGGCGUGCUCUGUUGGAAGAAGAGGACAAUGAACCGGAUGGGAAGGUAGAUUCGCCGUCGGCGACUCCUGCAGACCACAACUCCACCACAAAGCCAGAGGAGCAGGUCGUCGGGGAUGUCACGGACAGUCUCCUGGAGCAGCUGGAAUCCACUUCAGCGCUAGGGUCGGGUCGGCUGCCCAAAGGUGCCGGAGCUCCUGAAACGGCCGGUCAUGAGGAGGUCGCCCAGCUGUGGGACCGCAUCAACUACCUGGAGAAACGGUGCAGGAAUUUCCAGAAGAAGCUGGAUGCGCGGCCCAUUAUCUACCAGGCACCGACAGGCACUGGGCCACUGAAUCUAGAAAGCGGCAGCAGCGGCGCCUCUGCAGGCAAGCCCAAUUGGGAGCCGUGGCUGCGUGACGUCACCGGGCCAGUGGCGCGGCGUCUGAAUUUGCCGCAGGGCUCGGAACAGCGUGUUGCCGCGGUGGCAGCGCCCUUUUGUCAGGCCAUUGAAGCGCCUCUGCGCAGCUUUACACAGAGGCUUCUGAGGCAAGAUCGUUGGCUGUGGGUCUUCUACGCCCAUCUCUUGGUCUUGUAUGCCAUCGCCGCCUCGUGCAUCGCACGGAACUCCAACCCG